AAGGACUCCUCUGGAGGAUCUGGAGGACUCAUCUGAAGGACUCCUCUGGAGGAUCUGGAGGACUCAUCUGAAGGACUCCUCUGGAGGAUCUGAAGGACUCCUCUGAAGGACUCAUCUGGAGGAUCUGGAGGACUCAUCUGAAGGACUCCUCUGGAGGAUCUGGAGGACUCAUCUGAAGGACUCCUCUGGAGGACUCCUCUGAAGGACCUCUGGUCUGUUAGCCCUCUGGUUCUUUUCUGUGAUCUUGUGUCUCUGUCCAGACCUGAAGACCAGGUCAGAACCCUUUCAUGUUCAGUCCAGGACGUAUCAGCUAAAUGUACUUCAAGUAUCAAAGUAAAAGUACUCGUCCUUUAUGAUACUUAGUACCACUGUGUCUACAUUUAGUUUUUUCUUCCAUACAAACACACAAACAAACUUAAUUAAAGAAAACUUUUUUAUUUUCAAAUGAAAAUAAUACGUUGUGACGUUUGUAAACAGGAAGACUUUUAUUUUGUAAUGUGUCCCUCCAUGUCCUUCAGGAUGUCGGGGAUGAACUCUUGGACGUCUCUCAGCUGGUCCCUCCAGUCCUGAGGGAUGGUGGCCCCCAGCAGGGCCCCCCAGACCCCCAUCAAGGAUCACUAGAGACCCCCAACAGGGACCACUAGAGACCCCCACCCCGGAGGACCUUGGUGGUAGUGCACGGACCCCGUGGAGGUCUUCCACAGGUCCAGCUUGCCGUGGAGGAUCACACUCCCCACCACGUCGGGCCUCUGGGCUCCGGGGGACCAGGCGGUCCGCCCGCUGCCGGCUGGAGGACCAGAACCACCAUGAGAGCGUCUGUGGACCAGAACCUGAAGGGGGUCUGCAGGACUCCGGAGGUCCGGUCCUCGUACCGGUGUUGGAGAGGCUGAGGAUGCACACAUCCCCCACAAUGCACUGCUCACCGGGCGCCGCGCAGGACACAUCUCACUGAGGAGCACGAGAAGUGUUUAUGUAUUUAAGAAGUAUUUAUUCUCUACUAACACAACUUCAUGUAGUAUUCUGUAUAUUUAAGAAGUAUUUAUUCUCUACUAACACAACUUCAUGUAGUAUUCUGUAUAUUUAAGAAGUUUUUAUUCUAUACUAACACAACUUCAUGUAGUAUUCUGUAUAUUUAAGAAGUAUUUAUUCUCUACUAACACAACUUCAUGUAGUAUUCUGUAUAUUUAAGAAGUUUUUAUUCUCUACUAACACAACUUCAUGUAGUAUUCUGUAUAUUUAAGAAGUUUUUAUCCUCAACUCUUCCUGCGGGUUUCUGUUCUUAAUGAUUCCGUAUUUCGAAAUUGCAUAAGUUUAUUGUUACAGCGUUACAAAACUGCACCGGAAGUGGUUUACGUUAGCGCCUUCUUUAUGUUAGCGCCUUCGCGUUAACUUAAAAGUGCCGGUAGCUGAUAACCGGGUUUAGUUCGGUUCAUGCUAAUUAUCCGGAAGUAUGAAGGUCCAUAUGAAAUCAUUUGUUUAUGACAAUUAUUUAAAAGCAUUGUGUUUGUUUAUCUACGGUGGUCGAUUUAGGUCAACUCAAAAUACAAAGAUUUAAGAAUUUUAGUUUGCCCUGAUCGCAGGCUUCGAGGCUGAUGCACUGCGUUCAGCAAACAUAUUCAAGAAAUAAAAAACGUUAUUAAUAAUUAUGUAUUUGUAAAUAUAAUGAGGCAAAAAUAAUGAGUCUUGUAAUAACGGAGAUAAAACAAAAAGGUUAAGAGACGUAAAACUGCCUGGAAAACUGUGCUCAGGGCACUGCAAAACCAUCACUACGGUGGCCGAGGAGCGUCAAUACAGGCGGACAUUGACUAAAUCAGUUAAACCGCGAUGUGGAGCAGAUGUCCACACAUCGGACAAAGACCACUUCCGGUUCCAUCGUUACUCAAAGACUCGAUCAGAGGCUAAUGGACCCGACAGCGAAGCGAAUACAGCGAGUUCUGAGCUGAGUGAAGCUAGCUGGGUGCUAACAGGAUGGAGGAGAACCCUUUAGAACCACACGAUGUCGAGCGAGCCAAAACCUUCUGGGCCGAGGAGGACGUGGAGCAGGUGUUCAGGGGCGUGUUUGAGUACCUGGAGCACCUGAAGAGGGUCCUGCAGAACAGCACCGCCACGGAGAAAGAGUGUGUGCAGGCCCUGCGGCUGCUGGAGUGUCUCAACGGCCCUCCGGCCUCUCAGGACUCUGUGGUCCAGGUGGUCGUCGGCUCAGACGAGCUGUUCCCGGCUGACUCCUCCCCCCCCUUCAACGGGACGUGUCGCUCAGCAGCGCCCCCUUCAGGCCCGGAGGAGCUCCUGCCCCCGCUGACCCCCGUCCGGCUGCAGUACCGCCCCCACACCUGCUGCCAGGCCUGCCUGCCGUGUUUACCCAGCAUGCCUCAGGGCGCCCCGGCCUUCUGGGGUCAGAACCCCCUGAAGGUGCCGCUGCUCUGCGGCUUCAAGCGGCUGAGCGGCGUGCCGCUGACGGGGGCGGAGCCAGCCGGCCCGGAGGGCGGGGAGGACUGGGACGUCCUCUACAAAGCGCCGUGCGGACAGAGUCUCCGUAACCACGGCGACGUGAUGCGCUUCCUGUUGGCCACGGAGAGCUGCGGCGUCCUGCGGGUGGACUUCUUCACCUUCAACCCGGCGGUCCAGUUGGACCCGCCCCCUCCGGCGGGAGCCCGGUGUCCGGAGAUGGACCUGAGCCGCGGCUCGGAGCCCACGCCGGUGCAGCUGUGCGUCGGAGACGGCGGCGCCCGGCCCGCCGAGUUCCGCUACAGGAAGGACCGCUGGCCGCACGGCUGCUUCCUGUCCCGCGGCGCGGCGCUGUUCGCCGUGUGCUGCGACUGCAGCGACGGCUGCGACGACGCGCGGCGCUGCGCCUGCGCAGCCAGAGGAGGGCGCCGCUACCGCCACCACCGGCUGCCGGAGCCCAGCCCCUCAGGGGUGUACGAGUGCGGCCCCUGGUGCGGCUGCGUCCGGGCCCGCUGUCAGAACCGGCUGGUCCAGAGGGGGAUCAGGGUCCGCCUCCAGGUCUUCCAGACCGACGGCCGCGGCUGGGGCGUCCGAUGCCGCGAUGACCUGGACCGCGGCACCUUCGUGUGCAUCUACGCCGGCGUGAUGCUGCAGAGGAGCCGCGGGCCCGCCGAGCCGGCGCCCCCCAAGCUCACGAGGUCCGACCUCCCGCCGGACGACGAGGUGGAGGUGGUGACGGAGUGGCUGCCCCCGCCGGUGCUGGAGGGCCGCAGCACCGUGCUCGAGCCCCCCCAACCCGCCUCGCCGCCCCCGCACGUCCCCGUGAUCCAGAGACCGGCUGGGACCCGGGACCGGACGCUGGUUGGAGCUCCGGGUGACCUGGCUCCGCCUCCAGGUGAGUCGGGUGACCUGGCUCCGCCUCCGGGUGAGUCGGGUGACCUGGCUCCGCCUCCGGGAGAGUCGGGUGACCUGGCUCCGCCUCCAGGUGAGUCGGGUGACCCGCCUCCGGCUCUGGAGAGGACGUCCGCUGUGCCCGGCCUGAAGAGGGCGCUGGAGGUGGAGGACGUCUACUUCCUGGACGCCAGCAAGGAGGGAAACGUGAGCCGCUUCAUCAACCACAGCUGCCAGCCCAACCUCUUCACCCAGAACGUCUUCACCGACUGUCACGACCCGGCUUCCCCAUCGUGGCCUUUUCACCAGCAGGGUGGUGAAGGCCGCAACGGUUGCCGGGGCCAGUUCACCAUGGAGAAGCUGUGUGACGUGUGUGAGGUCGAAGAGGCCGUGGCCCUGUACAGCCCCCAGCUGUGCUACGUCCUGGACGGCUUCCUGUCCGUGUACGGCCUCGUCAUCACCGCCAUGUUCCUCAGGGAGAAGUUCUUCAGAACCAAAGUGAAGAGAACCGAGGAGGUCCUCUACAGCGAUCUGGAGGGUCAGAGCUCUGGAACCUACACCCAGCUGACUCGACCACGGCUAACGAAACCGCGAGCUAACGAAAGCAGUGCGCCCUCCUGUGGUGUCUCUAGGGUGUACGAGUGCGGCCCCUGGUGCGGCUGCGUCCGGGCCCGCUGUCAGAACCGGCUGGUCCAGAGGGGGAUCAGGGUCCGCCUCCAGGUCUUCCAGACCGACGGCCGCGGCUGGGGCGUCCGAUGCCGCGAUGACCUGGACCGCGGCACCUUCGUGUGCAUCUACGCCGGCGUGAUGCUGCAGAGGAGCCGCGGGCCCGCCGAGCCGGCGCCCCCCAAGCUCACGAGGUCCGACCUCCCGUCGGACGACGAGGUGGAGGUGGUGACGGAGUGGCUGCCCCCGCCGGUGCUGGAGGGCCGCAGCACCGUGCUCGAGCCCCCCCAACCCGCCUCGCCGCCCCCGCACGUCCCCGUGAUCCAGAGACCGGCUGGGACCCGGGACCGGACGCUGGUUGGAGCUCCGGGUGACCUGGCUCCGCCUCCAGGUGAGUCGGGUGACCUGGCUCCGCCUCCGGGUGAGUCGGGUGACCUGGCUCCGCCUCCAGGUGAGUCAGGUGACCCGCCUCCGGCUCUGGAGAGGACGUCCGCUGUGCCCGGCCUGAAGAGGGCGCUGGAGGUGGAGGACGUCUACUUCCUGGACGCCAGCAAGGAGGGAAACGUGAGCCGCUUCAUCAACCACAGCUGCCAGCCCAACCUCUUCACCCAGAACGUCUUCACCGACUGUCACGACCCCGGCUUCCCCAUCGUGGCCUUUUUCACCAGCAGGGUGGUGAAGGCCGGUACUGAGCUCACGUGGAGGUACUGCGCCGACUCGCAGAGUAAACAGGAAGUGCCCUGUCUCUGCGGUAGCAACGGUUGCCGGGGCCAGUUCACCAUGGAGAAGCUGUGUGACGUGUGUGAGGUCGAAGGUCACGGUGACGCUCGGUAACCCCCGAGCGGUUCACACGUUUCAGCCAAAGAAACAAAAACACAUUUUUCUACAUGUCUUUGUUUAAUAAUAAAAAAAUCUACUAAGCUUAGAA